AUGGCCAACAUGAACCAUUCAGUCUUUGAUGACCAGAACGGGUCUGGUAACCCAGGAUACGUCCAGGUUCCUGACGCGUCAUUUCAUCGACUUCGCCGGAAGGAAAGUGGUGCCUUCAAUGCUCCUGCCCAGAGUGGCUUCCACUCAACACACUCUUCCAGAAAGGCAGUUGCUACGAACAGCGACCUUCUAUCGAUGUCGACCCCUCUUCAUCCUUCAACUUCUUCAGCUCCCACAUCAUCUUCACCGUGUUCCAGUCAUUCGUUGCGUACUGGCUUACUUCCAUCUUCCCUAGCUACUCUAUUAUCGUAUCCCAACUCCCCCGAUCCGCACGGCUAUUCUGCUGGUCCAAAGAUUGACUCGCAUAGAUACGGCACCAUGCAUACUGCUGUUCCAGAAUCCGCUCAGGCUCCUGAUACUCGUGGACUGUCCACUCUGCUCGGGGGCUUGAACAUCCAGGGUCAGCGUCCCGGGGCCAAGUACAAUGGUCUCAAGAGCAACAUGCCGCUAGCUGUGCCCCCUUAUAAUCCCCUUGUUCUUCUCCCCAAUGGAGCUUUCUUCGGAGGUCUUCCUUAUGAUCAGAACCCGUAUCUACCCCCCACUGGCAUCUAUCCGGGCUUAGCUUCCCCAUGCCCAGUGGUUCCCAGCCCUGCAGGCGACUUCUACCAUGGAGCCACCCCGAACCUGGAAGGCCCUGGACUGCCUAGCUAUGGUUAUAAUAGCUUUCCCCAGUCGGGACCUGCAUGUUUACCUUUCCAGAUGAUGAAGACUCCUACUGGAUACAUCCUUCAGGAUCUGGAAAGCCUAACCCAGCAAGAUCCGCCUAUUCCACGGGCUGUACCGGCUAUGUGGACUAACCCUUCUGAACUGACCCUUGCCAAGUGCCUGGAAAACCGGGAGGGCAUUACCAACGUCUACAUCCGAGGCUUCCUUCCAGAGACUACGGAUGAGAUGCUGCAUGCCUAUGCCUCUCGCUUUGGAAAGAUAGAUCGAUGCAAAGCGAUUGUGGACUUGGAUACAGGCCUUUGCAAAGGAUUCGGCUUUGUUCAGUACUACAACUUUGAGUCUUGUGAAAAUUGCAUCCGUGGUUUCUUCUAUCUUGGCUACCAGGCUAGCUUUGCUCAGAAAUCUCGCAACUCCCGUCUCAAGGACCUUGAAGACAAGUCAUCCACUAACAUCUAUUGUACCAACAUUCCGAUUGAGUGGACAGAGGCCGAUCUCCGUCAUCACUUUGAGCCGUACCAUGUCAUCUCGGAGAAGAUCAGCCGUGACGAGAAGACUGGAGUGAGCAAGGAAGUUGGAUUUGCCCGGUUUGAAACCCGUGAAAUCGCUGAAAAAGUCCUGUCUGAAUAUCAUAAUGCGGUUGCCAAAGACGGUGUGAAAUUGCUUCUUCGCUUCGCCGACACCAAGGCCCAGAAACUUCUCAAGCAGCAGAGUAACGAGCGCCGCGCCUAUCGUGCUGGCGAAUACAAUUAUUCGGUCGAGGUAGUUCAGGGUUCCACUCCAUCGCCUUCUAUUAACCGUCUUCAGCAGACUGCAUCUCACCUCAGCCCCAAUUCGCAGGGUAGCUAUGUGUCACCUGUUGGCAUGGGCGCAGCUUGGACUCCUGCUACGUCCAUCUCCCCAUCGUAUUUGGCGAAGGGUCAGGCUAGCAACAUGAGGUUCAACUCGUGGACUUCCCGCAACGGACCAGGAGGUCUGGAGAAUACACCUUUGUAUCGUGGACGACGUGGAGUGUGGAAUGAAAAUUCCUCGGGCUCUUCCUCCAAGGCCAAUUUCGCCACUCCCACCGCGUCUUGCGUUGAAUCUCGUUCGGAACGAUCCAGCCCUCGUAAGGAGAUCAAGGCAGGAUCCUUGUCUCCGAUUUCCUCUCGCAGGGAGGUUAUUGUGACUUCGCCUCGGUCGGUCGUCUGA